AUGACUAGCAUUAAACGAAUCAGCAGAGAAUUGGAGGACGUCAAGAAGGAUCCAUUGAGUGGGGUAACCUUAGAGGUCAUCGACGAGAAUGAUCUGUCACACCUAAAAGGUACCUUCGUUGGACCCCCAGGAACUCCUUACGAAGGUGGGCUAUUCAAGGUGGACAUUCAAAUACCUUCAAACUAUCCAUUCAAGCCCCCUAAGGUCCAAUUUGAUUCCAAGAUAUACCACCCUAAUAUUUCUAGUGUUACAGGAGCAAUCUGCCUCGAUAUAUUGAAGAAUGCCUGGACGCCUAUUCUCACACUUAAAUCGACCCUGAUCUCUCUGCAGUCCCUUCUUCAAUCUCCAGAGCCAAGUGACCCUCAGGACGCACAGGUUGCAAGUGUCUUUCUGAAGGACAAGAGAGAGUUUGAUCGCACAGCUAAAGAAUGGACUUUCAAGUAUGCUCCCAAUCCCGACUAUAAAGGCAACCCCGACGAUGGAAAGUCACAUUCGUCGAAUGAGGCUUCAGAGCAGGAUGAGAAUAAUCGGAAGAAGACCAAAGUAGAGAAGGUGACUCAUAUCGAUGGUAUCGAGAUUGCUAGCAUUGAAAUGUUUGAGAACAUGGGCUUUUCCCGACCAAAGAUCUUGGAUGUUCUCAAAAAAUUGGGUUUGACAAGAGUUGAAGACAACGACGGAGACACUAAACAGGAAAUUUUAGAAGAGCUUUUGAGAUGA